AUGGCGAGAUACGAUCGAGCAAUCACAGUGUUUUCCCCCGACGGCCACCUUUUUCAGGUAGAGUAUGCCCUAGAAGCUGUCCGGAAAGGUAACGCCGCCGUCGGAGUUCGCGGCACCGAUACUGUCGUUCUCGCCGUAGAGAAGAAAUCCACCCCUAAGCUCCAGGAUUCCAGAUCAGCCAGAAAGAUUGUGAGCCUUGAUAACCACGUUGCAUUGGCCUGUGCUGGGCUGAAGGCAGAUGCUCGUGUACUGAUAAACAAAGCGAGGAUAGAGUGUCAAAGCCACAGGCUUACGUUGGAGGAUCCGGUUACUGUUGAGUACAUCACGCGGUACAUAGCUGGACUUCAGCAGAAGUAUACUCAAAGCGGUGGUGUGAGACCCUUUGGUCUUUCCACUCUCAUUGUUGGCUUUGACCAUUACACUGGUAAACCCGCGCUCUAUCAGACCGAUCCCUCCGGUACGUUCUCUGCAUGGAAAGCUAACGCUACUGGGAGAAACUCCAACUCAAUCAGGGAGUUUCUGGAGAAAAACUACAAGGAAAGCUCUGGACAAGAAACUGUGAAACUUGCUAUCCGUGCUUUGCUUGAGGUAGUUGAGAGCGGGGGAAAGAACAUCGAGGUUGCUCUAAUGACCCGGGAGGAAGGUGGUCUGAGGCAGCUAGAAGAAGCUGAAAUCGAUGCUAUUGUGGCUGAAAUCGAAGCAGAGAAGGCUGCUGCAGAAGCGGCCAAGAAAGGACCUUCAAAGGAAACAUGA